GUACGCAUGUACGCACUUAGUAGUACACACAUGCGAACAAGCUAGGACAGUCAUCACGUUGUACAACGGUGCGCAGAGCAUAAACAACUACUUCCACGCAAGGAUUGUAGAGUGUCGACAAGCAAGCAUGAUGUUUGGAGCUGUGGUGGUGGGCAUCGGGACAGCAGGUUGGGUGAGGAUCAGAGACAUCUUAUCUUCGCUGCCGGGCAGUUCCGCUGAGAAAUUCACUGUCCAAGGAUUCGUCUCUAGGAGAACUCUGGACAGUCAGCAAGGAGUGAGUCAGAUUCCAAUGAAAGAGGCUCUGAGCAGAGAAGACAUUGACGUGGCGUUCAUCUGCACAGAGAAUGCAUCACAUGAGGAUGGUGUCAAAACUUUUUUGCAGGCAGGGAAACAUGUUUGUGUGGAGUAUCCCAUGACGCUAAACUACAAAGCUGCUGUUGAACUCUGGAAUUUGGCGCAGGAGAAAGGGGUGAUUCUUCACGAGGAGCACAUAGAACUUUUUUCAGAAGAUUUCAAAUGGCUGAAGACAGAGGUCAAAGGAAAAACUUUGCUGGAAGGAACGCUUCAUUUUACAGGUGGAGUUCUGAAGCCUGGAUUUGGUUUUCUUUCAUUUAGUGGCAUCGCUCGUCUCACCUGGUUGGUUGAGUUGUUUGGGGAGCUCUCUGUAACUGCAGCAACCAUGGAACAAGACUUGGGCACUAACUACAGCAAGAUGACUGCAAAAAUGCUAACUGCUGACAAAAAACCUUUGACUUGGAUUGAGGAACGAGCACCAGGCCUCCCAAGAGCCAAGAAUAUCAACUUUCGAUUUGAGUCCGGACAACUGAUUGAAAUCCCUCCAACACCCAGAGGGGCUGUGGGUCUUUUCAUGCAAGAUCUGAUCCACUUCUCCUCCAAGCUAAUGGGUCAAAUAAGCCCAGACGAUCUCCAGAAAGAGAAAAUUAGAGUCCUUCACUGCUUAGAAUUGGCUGAGAAAAUACAGCAACUUUGCCAGAGAUAAUAAGUCUCUCUACUUAACCAUUUGCAAUAUGAAUUUUGACUUUUUGCAAACUGAUUUUUUAGAGAUUAAAGAAAGGAUGUCAGAUGAAUUGCAACAUUUAGACAGUAUUUAAUUUUAGUGUGUCCGUGUAUACAAAACCCUAUUUAAAUGAAGGUGAGAUGAAAAUGCAAACAAAAAAACAAAUAUGCUUGUUGAAACUAAUACUUUAAAAUACGUUUCAUAGCGGGUUUGUGAAACAAAACAAAAAAAUGACAAGCUCCUCCCCAAAUUCUUCAGAAAACCCUGAAAAACAUU